CACCGGAGAGGGCGUUUUGUGGGGUGGGGAUGAGGGGAAGUGCCUCCCUCCCUCUUUUCCUCUUCCCUUUUUCUCCUCACUCGCUCACUGUUCGCUGCGGUGUUUUGAGGUAAGAAAGGAGUGGAAGAAGAGAGCUAAAGAUGGCUCUUUUGUCUCUUUUGGAUCCUCUGUGUUGCCAGGAAGAGAGCUUGGAACUGGAAGAAGAACGAAAGAGGCCAAUGCUGGCGCUUCUGGAAGAGCCGGACGCGGUGGUGGAGGAGGAAUGGGCGGAGGUGCUCUGCUCUCUGGUGGCCAAAGACGAGGAGACCCGCCCUGAGCUGCUGCCUGGCGACGGUGGUGAUGACGCGUACCUCCUGUCGUUGAGGAGGGAGGUGGUGGAGUGGGUGGUGCACGCCGCCGCGAGCCACGAUUUCUCUGUCGUCACCACGUUUCUCGCCGUCAACUACCUCGACCGGUGCUUCCUUCCUCGUGCCGCUGCAGGAGGCCUCCGGCUGCAGAGGGACAAGGUGUGGAUGGGGCGCCUGGCGGCGGUGGCCGCCCUGUCCCUGGCGGCGAAGGUGGAGGAGACGCGGGUUCCCCUUCUCCUCGACCUUCAGGUCGCGACGCCACCGGGAACGGAGGAGAACAGGUACGUGUUCGAGGCCAAGACCAUCCGGCGGAUGGAGCUCCUGCUGCUCUCGGCGCUCAGCUGGAAGAUGAAUUCCGUCACUCCACUCGCUUUCAUCCACCAUCUCCUUCCUCGACUCUGUUCUAUAUCCACCACCGCCGCCGCCUCCGCUGCCCGUGUCAAGGAGUUGCAAGGUGACUCUGAGGCUGCUCUACUGUCCGUCGUAGCUGAUUGGAGAUGGGCCCGAUAUCCUGCAUCCCUGUGGGCGGCGGCGGCAUUACUCCACGCGGCGGAAGGUGGUGCAGGCACCAUCGCCGCCACUGCCUCGGUUUCCCAGGUGACCCACCACCUCAUUUCCCUCCUCCACGUUCCAAAGGAAAAGGUCGAAGAAUGUUAUCAGCUCAUCAUGGAAUCGAUGGUCUACGGUGGUGGCCUCUUCGGCCACAAGCGCAAGCAUUCCACUUCCUCUUCCUACUACAACGUCAACUACUCUUCCCCACAUAGUCCCAAUUGGGUGAUUGGUUCCUGCUUCAGUUGCAAGAGCUCGUCGAGCGGCGACGAUUCGUGGGCAACGCAUCAGCCCUCGGCGUCGCCUUCGCCGGAGAAUCGUCCUUCUAAGAAACUGCACCGCCAAGAAAGCCACUGGGAGUGAGGAGAUCGUAUAGCAUGCGGUCCUCGCUCCUGUUACGAUGUAAUUAUCAUGAACUAGCUGUUCCCAGGAGAUAUGGCAGCUCACUGCAUCCCGUGUCUGCUACUUCGGAGCAAUUUUGGUUGGGACUCAGGUGGCCGUG